GGUGAUGUCACAAAAUGGCGACUACCAUGCUAGUGUGGAAUGUUUCGUUUCUACGCAGUUCGUAAAAAUCCCUUUUUGGUGAAAAAAUCAAUGUCUUGAUUUUCGAUCGGCUAAAGGCAGGCCAGUGAUAAGUGUCAUUUAAUUUACUGAAGGUCGAGAAGAGGAAUAAUACAACGUGGGAUUAACGUUGCGACCCUUCAAGGCUGCUGUCUAGUUUUGAACUUCUGUGGUCUGCAUAUCGGAUCUGUUUGUUGUUUUGUUUAGAUUCUGCUUUACUUUGUGUUGCUUUCCUCCCUUCUUCUUUAUUGUUGUUUUUCUGCUUUUAUGGAUAUGGAAUUUCAUGGGGGUGGCUCUGGUGGAGGUUUGGUCAGUGGAAGUAAUGUCCCUGCUUUCCUCACGAAACUUUGGACUUUGGUGGAAGACCCCGAUACCGAUUCGCUCAUCUGCUGGAGUCCGAAUGGCACCAGCUUCCAUGUGUUCGACCAGGGCAGGUUUUCCAAGGAGGUGCUUCCCAAAUACUUCAAGCAUAACAACAUGGCCAGCUUCGUCCGCCAGCUUAAUAUGUAUGGGUUUCGCAAAGUUGUUCACAUUGAGCAAGGUGGCUUAGUGAAGCCGGAGAAAGACGAUACUGAAUUCCAGCAUCCGUAUUUCACCCGAGGGCAAGAGCACUUGCUGGAGAAUAUCAAAAGAAAAGUAACCAAUGUUUCAAAUAUCAAACACGAGGACCUCAAACUGCGCCACGAUGACGUUGCCAAACUAUUGAACGAUGUGCAGUUUAUGAGGGGAAAGCAGGAAACCAUGGAUUCCAAAAUUGUUGCCAUGAAGCAUGAGAAUGAAGCUUUAUGGAGGGAAGUGGCAAGUCUGAGACAGAAACAUGUCCAGCAGCAAAAAGUUGUGAACAAGCUUAUUCAGUUUUUAAUUUCACUAGUACAGUCUAACAGAGUUUUGGGAAUGAAAAGGAAAAUUCCUCUCAUGCUCAAUGACAGCAGCUCAGCACAUUCCAUACCUAAGUACACUCGGCCGUAUCCUCUAGAGCACUUACAGGCGUCUUCUACAUUCACGUCGUCUGCGCAGCCAUAUACAGGAGCAAAUCUGUACUCUGCAGACUCACCUGUGAAUUCUGGUCCCAUAAUCUCUGAUGUUACUGAUGUGGCUCAGUCUAGUCCUUCUGAUACGGCAACUGAAUGGUCAGAAGAAAGGACGAGCCCAUUAGUUCAUAUAAAGGAGGAGCCCGAUAGCCCUGUUCAUAGUCCACAAGUUGAGGAGGUCAGCCCAGCCACUGUGGCUACAGAUACCCCUUUGUCUCCCAGCACCUUCAUUGACUCUAUACUGCGAGACAGUGAAGCCAGCACAACUCAGCCCCCAUCUGAGGAGAAGUGUCUCAGUGUUGCUUGCCUAGACAAUUCUCCACAGAUGUCAGAGGUCUCUUGUGUUUUCCCCAGUCCUUCCUCUCUUCAUCCCAGAACACAGCAAGGGAAUGAACUAAAUGAUCACGUUGAUAACAUUGACACCAGUUUGGAGAACCUGCAGACAAUCUUAAAUGGGCAAUCCAUCAAUUUUGAUUCUUCACCACUUUUCGAUUUCUUCAACUCCUCAAUGUCAACUCCUGAUUUUAAUCUGCCCGAUUUGGACACCAGCCUUGCAAGUAUCCAGGACUUGCUAACACAAGAUCAAAAGGCCACGGAAACGACUGAACCCUCCACUGACGCUGGGAAGCAGCUGGUUCAGUACACAGCCCAGCCCGUGCUCCUGGUUGACCCCAGCAAUGCCGAGAUCACAAGUGGAGAGCUGCCUAUCCUCUUUGCCCUGGAGAACGACUUUGGCACUGGAGAAGAGGGAGAGGACCCCACCAUUUCCCUCCUUUCAAACGACUACCAACAGAAACCCGAGGACCCCACGUCUUCUUAAGAUUUGUCGUUUUUACGAAGGGCCGUAACGCACGGCGGUUGUUCCCCCCCCCCGUUUUCUCCAAGGGCGCGUGGAUGGCUUGUUUCGGAUUUUGGCGACGGCGCUUCCACUUUGAGAUGUCUUCGAGAGAAAAUCGCCAUUCUUUUUUUUCUGCCAACUGUCUCAUGAGUAUUAUAACCGGUCACGUCUCUGCUGGCAACGUCAGCAGUUUGAUCUCACAACAGGCUUGCUUUGUACUUUUAAAAUGCUACAAAUAGGAUCUGUUGGGCACUUUUGCUUUACUUACAGCACAGAAGAGCGCGUCUCACUUCUAAUAGUACUUUAGUAGUUCAUAAAAUAUUGUCUUUUUAAAGAAUGUUAAGCUCUAGAACAUUAAUAGAAAAAACGAAGGGUGUAUUAUUAUUUUUUUAAUGCAGUAGGUUGUGUUUGUGCGUUUAAAGGACUUAAAUGCACUAUAAUUAGGAAAUCUGAUCAAAUGGAAGAAUUUCUAAGAAAAUAUUUCCGUUGUAGUGGCCCUUCCUAAUUAGAUGGUCAAAUGAAACACUACCUUUACAUUUAUGAGAAUCCUAUUCGAAGGAAAAAAAAAAUAGAUCCUCUAAUCUCUGUUGUUUUAAGUACAUGGAUGAGGAAAAAAAUCAGACUCGGAGAAAAUCAAAAGUAGACGCGUAUCUGUCGUACCUCGCUAUAGUUCUUUACAAUUUCAGUAAAAAUCUGUGCCUGUUGGAGACUAAAUCAGAAAUAUCGUGUUGCUGGCCUUCUGGAUAGCCGCGCGGAUCAGUUCUGUUUUUUCUACUGUAUUUGAAUAAGUUGGGGUUUUUGUAUUUACUUUUAUGUAUUAUUGUAUGUUUCAUGAGUUGCCCUGGAUAAGGGUGUUUGCUAAACAAAUAAUAAUUCAAACCCUGAUUACAUGGCUCCAUGAUCUGCCUAAAAAUCCUAUUUGAAACAUUUGUUUAAAUUGAGAUUAUAUAAAUGUAAAAUACUACAUAGAACACAAAAUACGUUUGGCUCUGAACACCAAUUGAAUGGGGAUUAAUGACAUUAUGACAUUUAUGACAAACUGUUCAUAACUUUUUUUUCUUUUUAAAAAUGGCCUUUUCUAGCAAUAGUUUAUUGGUCUAAAAAAUCUGGUUUUGUACAUAGCAGAAAGAGAUAUGUUGUUUGCUGAGGUCGUGCAACGUUUGAAUGUAUAUAUGUACAGUAUAUAUGCAUACAUUUACAAAGUGGGUAAAAGUUUUGGGACUUGUAAAUGUUUUCUGAUUUGUGCUGGUUUUUUUUCUUACUAUCAGUGUGUAAAGUAGACAGAUAUUUUCUUAUUCAUAUCUGGAAAAGAAGGGAGCUGAGUAGGAUUACUGGCAAUUAAUACUUUAUCCCCAGUCAUUUGUCAUUGUAGCUUGAGUUCACACUGCUGUUCUGAAAUGGCAGUCUCGAUAUUAAAUAGUGAAGAUGUCUAAAUGGGGAAGAACAGCUAACCUGUGACCUAUAUACCAGUGCUUGAAGCUGAAAGAGUUUAUAUAUAAUCACCUAUAUACUACCCAACUGUUGCUAGGAUAUCGCUGAGCAUAAGCAAACUCACCAGUUUCUUUUAAUGUUCACGACAUUUUUUUACACAAUUUCAAUUGAGGGAAUAGAAAUGUCAUUUUCUGCCAAUACUAGAGAUUCCAUUGGGACUUUAUGAUCGUUAAAUGGUACAGAAAACCAGUCAGUUGGGAAAUGACGGUCUAUGAAUAUUCUCUUCGUUGGAAGUCUUUAAUCCCUAACAAAAGUUGAGUUGUAUGCGUGCAACCGUGUAAAUGCAUGUGCGUAGCACUUUGCUCUCUGAGAUUGUGCUACAAUUGUUUUAUUUUAAAAUGAUAAAAAGCUGUGCACAAAGUGGUUAAGCUUUUAAAUUUUGGUUACAAGAAACUAAACUGUAUUUGUUUGUGCUUUAUGCUUUUCCAUUGUUAUUUGUAUAUUUACACUUUAAUUUAAUAGUGAAAUUGUAUUUUUGAAUUUUACAUAAAAUACCCACUUCAUACACUUAAAUAUUUGUGGUUCAGAGUUUUAUUUUUGUAAUACGAUUCUGUUGUGACCUAAGCUUAUGGUUAUGUUAUUAGAACUGUUUAAAAUACAAUUUCACUUUAAAAUCAUAAAGUACCGUUUUUAAGAAGAUUCCUAGAAAUUUAUUGCCCACAGUUUGUGACAGUGGGUAACUCAAAAUUAAAACAUUUAACAACAAAUACUUUCCAUUGACUAAUUGUUCAAAUUUGUUUAAUUCUGUUGACAGUUUCCUUUAAAAUAUCAAACACAGUGUUUUAAAUCAUUUAAGUUUAAUUGAUCUAUCACCUUGUCCAGAUAUGUCUUACAUUAAAUGACACUCUGAACUUUGUUCUGCAGAUUUCCGAAUUGAUAACAUAAAUAAAGGCUAAGCUUAACCAUAAAGCACUGAAAUUAAAAACCCAUGCCUGACUAUUUAAACAUUUUAAGUGCAGUUGUAAAUCUAUAUGUGUGCUCAUAUGGUGAAAGUGAAAUAAACUUAUUAGAAUUUGUAUUAAACCAUAUGUAAUUCAGAAUAUUACAAAUAGUUUUGUUUAACUGUUAGUGAGCAAUAAAUGCCUAAAAAGAUUAAGGAAAACACAUGUAUUUACAUUGAAUUUUUAAUAGAAGUUAGUUUUGUUUACCACCUAAGAUUUACAAGUUAUUUUUUAGAUUUAUUUAUAUUCACAAGUUUUUUUUUCCAUCUGAUAAGACAUGCUCUGAUAGGAACACACGAGACACAUCUUUGUUACCGACUUGAACUUCAGAUUAAAUUAAUUGUUCAUACUGUGGUUCAAGUCCAUUUAAAAUUUAAAAAUAAUAAUAAAAUUUAAAAAUAAUUUUUUUCUGUGAUGAUUUUUGGUAUGAUUUCUGUGAUAGAGGAUUUCAGACAGUAGAAGUUAAAUGGAAGUGCUUAAGAUUUUUGAAACAAAAUGAUACACUACGUAGAACUAUUUUGCUUAGGCUACUGAGGAAACAUUUUCUUCUGUAUUUUAUUUCAUAUUCAUAGAAGGUUCCCAAUCAACAUUAUGAGACAUUACCAAAUCACAGUAACAUUCAAAUUAGUAAACCCUUUGCCGGGAUUAAUUUACAAACUACAGAUGUGGUCCUUAGUUCAUAUUUAUUACUCUAUUAAUUUGCACUUUAACCAAGUUAAACCAGCAUGCACAAAACUGCAUAAAUCACAAGAUCUGAAUUGAGUGUAACACUCUUUGUUAAGGAAAACUUCCAAGAUUGUUCUUCCUUUAAUUAACCGAGUAUGAUAUAGUUUCUUUUGAUAGAUCUUUUUUCAUUAUUAUAUCACAGCCGGCCUUUCUGUAUACUUAGAUGUGGAAAAUACAUUUGGUGGGUUUCAUAAGUCAAGGUCCUCCCUGAGGUGAUCGUUUGAAUGGUUUUGUUUCUACUGAAAAGUUUACCACCUUGAACUGUCUAAGCUCUUUAUUCAAAACCUAAUGUUAAUACAUGCUGCCUUCUGUAAAAAAUGUACUUUUCCCUCAGGUUCAUGUGAGGAAAAAGGGGAAAUUUGUGUUUUAUGGAUCUGUUUUUCAUGUUGUGCUUAAAGCAGUGACGUCUAGUUAUAUUGGUGGCCUGUUACUGCUGAACUAACCCAUGUCCUCAGACUGCAUACACAGCAUUUUAGAAAGUAGUAUUUGUGGUUGGACCAUUAAGUUCACAAGACCCGUUUUUCAGUAUGCUGAAGUAACAGUGUUUAGUUGCGAACACUCUGGUGCCCCAGCUACAAUCCUUAGUCAUUAUUUGUCUUCCAUGGUCAGGUCAAAUACUGGAGAGGAACUAUUUGAAUGAUGUCUGCUUCUUCUAUCGCCAGUUCAAGAUUCAGAUCCUAGAAAACCAACUGAAUCCCUGAGGUGUUUGUUAGCACUUCUACAUAUAUGGAUUUGAAAUAUACUGUACAUGAGAUUCAUUUAAACUUGUUUUUCGGCAUUCCCAAAGUAAAGUCUGUAGGCUUUAGUACCUGGCUGCACAAAUAUUUCUGAUGGUCAGGUUGGCUUUUUUUUUGUAAAUACAUCGGAGACCGUUCUAACAGUUCUGCCUUUGAACCAAAAAUGUAUUUUUUUCCUGCAAAUUCCUUUUUCUCUGUUCGCAAACAGAAAGAACCGUGUCAGAAGUGUCAUCUUCAGUCAGUCUUUUUUUUUUCUUUCACAGUCAAGUAUGUUUAAGGAAUGUGGUCAAUGAAUUAUGUUCCACCCACUAAAGGACACGAGCAGAGAAAUUUGAUGUUUUAAAUUAAAUAAAGCAGUAGAAAAUCAAGAACAAAAUCUGGGUAUUAGAACGAAGCUGGUCAUACAAUUAAUAUAAUAUUUAGCAAUUAACGAAAUGCAUAUGUAAUUUUAAUAAGACAACUAAAAAGUAUAUUACUUCUCUAGGAGCUACAUUAGACCUAAAAGAUGUUUGAAAUCUAAAAAUGAUCUUUAUAGAUGUUCUGUGAUAAUAGCCAUUGGUUUUAAUUUAGGUUUAACUUACAAGAACACUUUUUGGGGGGGCAGUUUCCUUUCUUGUGGCUAAAGCGACUUAACACAUAGCAUUUCUCUGUUUAACGAUUUCAAAGUUGGUUAUUGUAGCAGUGAGGCAUCAAGGCAGGCUUUGGAAGUGAACAAAAAGAUUCUAAUGCCUGUAUAAAAGCCAUUGACGUUGUCGACAUUUCCUAAGAGAGAGUACUGUUCUUUGCGUUUUGUUUCACACCAGUACGUCCAAUACCAGACUAAUAAUCACAUUUUCCAUUUGCUUUUUCCACUCACAUGGAAAAAACUAAAUUGUGGCCUACCUCCACUAUUACCCCGUUCCUUAUUUGCUGUACUGAAUUAUCGCAUUUCAUUGUGAUGAAGCAGAGGAUCUAAGAAACUGUUCAGUUGUUUGGUUAGAUCCAAAUGAAUGCAAUAGAGAGAUGACAGCCCAGCCAUGAGGAUAAGACUGCCCAAACUCCCUCUAUUGCAAGGAGUGAUCUACAACAGGGAGUUGCUGAAAGUGUGUAGAGAAGUAUAUAUGCUGUAUAUUCAUAGGAGAGCAGUAGUGGGCAAGAUUAGGAUCUUACCUUCUUCCCAAACCUCUGUUAUAAACUCCAUUAAUUGGGGGUUGAGCUGUGAUGUGUUAGUUAACAAACACUGUUCAAAGCUUCAGCAAAAAGAUGGCAACUUUAUUUAAAAUGACUGUAUUAGGUCCACACUAUUAGUUUAAAGAAAACACAAAAGAGUUAAGGAAACCCUGAAUAAUGAUUACUUUUAAAAUGUGACCCUAAUUUUAUCUGGUUAUUUCAUCUCCCUGUUCCCAUUCCUUUCUGGCCUUCAUCCCUGUCCAGCUUUCACUAAAUAACAUCCUGAAGCAGUAGAGCACAGCUCCAUGUUUAGCAAUACAGUUUGUAAAAAUGUCUCUCUUUGGUUUUCCAAUGAACAUGUUCUUGUUUGGUUUUCCAAUAAACAAAGGCAGCUAUAAGUAUUCCACAGAUCCAGAUUUAUGAUAGAAGUAUACAAAGAAGGUUUGUUGUUGUAUCUUUUACUGCAAAAGAUAAAGAGGGGUUCUACAAUAACAAAUAAACUAUGUAUGCUACUAUUUAUUCAUAAAUAAAUGGCUAUAUAUGUAA